AUGUCGUUGAGCGAAUUGGAGAAGAUGACUGAUAACGUUGAGCCGAGCCAGUCGUGGGAUGUUAUUAGACAGGCGCUUAAGGAGAGAAUUCAGGAGAAUAUAAAGAAGUACUACGACAACACUAGCCAUAAUACCCAACACGAUGACCUAAAGAAUACCCGAGAGAUGGACAAACCUAAAGUCGAACUCGAUACGCGCACAAGAACUGAGCCAGAGAUCAAUAUAGCCGACGGCGGCAAUAACCUACAACUCGGGCAAAGUGACGAACACAGUCAGUCUCCAGACAAGUCACGAGUACAAACACCUGCUGUUGUGAUUGGACCGAAACGUGCACCGGUUGUUGAGAGCGUUUCGGAGAAGGAAGCCUUUGAAGAGUUCAAUAGCAUCUGGCAGAUAAUCGAAGUGGAUUUCGUUGAUGAACCUCCAUUCACGAUACAACGAAUAUCCGAAUUAGCUAUAUACAAUGACAACAAGGAUAGAGGCUCGUAUAGAACCGUUGGAAAAUAUUUGCGGGCGCUGCAUAGAGUAGUAAUGGUGACAUCAGGUAAAAUAUCACUCGAUGCACAAAUAAAGGCGAUGGAAGGUACAUCUAAUACGAAUACAUGUGGACUCCUUAAUGGAGAAGGCGCCGUGCCUCUAGAUUCAGUUGAAUUAAGCAAUGCAUCGGCAUUGAAUGUUUCACCCUCACAUUCAAGCAGGGCAAGCGCACCACCAACCCCAAUGUUCUCACCGAUACCGUUUUUAGCUAAUAGAAAGACAAGCAGAGAAAUAUCUCCAUUGAGUAUGCAAGACACCCAAGCUGAUGUAGAGGACUUUGGGAAUGUGAAUCUUAACAGGCCAACAAGUCCGACGAGCAGUAGUAGCAAUGCAGCGGCAGCAGCAGCAGCAGCUUUGAGUGGAGGAACCAAUUCUGCCGAUGGAGAAAGUGACGCUCAGCCACCACCGCAACCAACGACUGCACAGGAACAUCUUGGUAUUGUCGAUGAGUUGGACGCUGGGCAGGGCAAGGUUGCAGAAGAGCCUGUGUCCCUGAGCAGUACAACACAACUUGAAAGUGGAAAUGGUAGCAGCAAUACAAAUAACACGAGUGAUAACAGUGAUUCUGACGAUAAGAAUGCAGCGAAUGCAGCGAAUGAAGCUAACGAAGAAGAGGGUCGCGCGAAUAAGAGGAGAAAGUCUGAGCAUCUAAUUGAAAAUGAGGACGAGAAACUAAAGAAAAGCUUUUAA